GUAAAAAAGCAGGUGAAGAGGAGACUAGAGCCCUUUGAGAUUGACGGCAACUCCGGAGAUAGAUUUGUGCUGCCAAGUCUGAUAUAAAAGAGCAUCCAAGAUCUACCAACAUAACAUAAAUUGAUUUCCUGUUGGAUAAAGAGGUGCGGGGCAUUUCUACAAGCAACGUAACUAGGAUGGCCACUGGAAGGAGAAGAAGGAUGUGAAGAAGAGCUACAAAUCUGUCAGAAAGUUACAGGAAUGGACUGCCAUUAUUCUGUCUGGGGAGUUUUGGCCUUUCUAAGUUUGGCUCUGAUUUUUUCAUUGAUACUGAAUAUUUCACACUAUAUGAAAAAGAAGCGAGAAGCUAAAAUGUAUAAAGACAACGAAGACAACACUCAAAGCUAUGAUGACUGUUACACAGGAGAUGACCCAGUUUAUGGCAAUCUCAGUCAAGAUGUUUUAGAGGAAUGCUGUUACGAGCAGAUGAAGUCCCAGCCUCAAAGACCAGUUAAUGAACUACAGGUGGAAUCGGCUGAUCAGAUGUGUUACGCCUCACUUGAUCACAGCACCAAGGGAAAACGCAGAAAACCAAGGAGGAAGAAAGACCCCCCCUUAGAGGAUGAAGAAGAAAGAUUAUCUAAAUCCACCAUUACGGCUUCCAAAGUUUGCAUUUACCUUAACAGUGAGCAACUGGCUGCUGAAAAUACAGCAAAUGUAGAAGCCAUUCACGACGAUCCCGUAAGAUUAAUGGGUUUGAUUCAUAGGACAAAUGGAGAGAACAUCUGAAGUGGCUUCAUGAACCAAAUAUGAAAUCAAAGUGAGAUCAGCUUUAUUUAUUCUGGAGGAACAGUGAACGAUUAGAGAUAGUGCCCCGGCAAACUUAAAUAACAAACAAUGGUGUGAAGAAGCUAAGUAAAAUAUUCCAAAUCAUCUUCUAAGCACAUCUGUGGAUUAAGCAAAAAGUAGCUGUAGGUUCAUGCUGCCCUUUUAAAGGAUUUUUCCUUCUGAAUACAUUUUGAAAGAGAGCUGUGAACAAGAGAUACCAGUUUCUAUGUGGUAAAAAUUAAUCCUUUGUUUAAAAUCAACCAUCAAUUUCAUACAGUCCCAGAGGAUCCACUAAUUUGCCUGUAGAACUCUUGUAGAGUAUGAUUAUUCAUCUACAUUGGUUUAAACAGUACUUUUGGAAAGAAAUGGUGUUUCACACAUGCACACUUAAGGGUUCAGAUGCUUUCCCAAUUAAAAAACAGGUCUGCAUUCAAGACUGUGUACCCUCAGCAAGUUUGCUGAUGACACCAAGCAGUGUAGUUGACAGAGCAGAAAGAAAGGAUGCCAUUCAGAGACUCAACAGACUUUAAAGGUGGGCCUGAGUGAAUCUAAUGAGGUUUAACACAGCAAAGUGCAAGGUUUUGCACUUGGGCUGAAGGAAUCCCAGGCAUCUGUUCAGACUGGAAGGAGCAGUCCUUGAGAGUAGCCCUGCAGAGAAGGACCUGGGGGUCCUGGUGGAUGAAAAACUUAACAUAAGCCAGUAGUGUGUUCUUGCAGCACAGAAAGCAAAUGGUAUCCUGGGCUCCAUCAGAAGAGGAGGUGGCCAGCAGGGACAGGGGGUGAUUGUCCCUCUCUACUCUGCCCUUGUGAGGCCCCAUCUGGAGUACUGUGUCCAGGUCUGGGGUCCCCAGUACAAGAAAGUCAGGGAGCUGUUGGAGAGGGUCCAGAGGAGGGCCACAAAGAUGACCAGAGGGCUGGAGCACCUCCCCUAUGAAGACAGGCUGAGGGAGCUGGGCUCGUUCAGCCUGGAGAAAAGAAGGCUGUGGGGUGACCUCCUUGCAGCCUUCCAGUACCUAAAGGGAGCCUAUAAACAGGAGGGUAGUCAACUCUUUGAAAGGGUAGAUAACAGCAGGACAAGGGGAAAUGGUUUUAAGUUCAGGGAGGGAAGAUUUGGGUUGGAUGUCAAGGGGAAGUUCUUUACUGAGAGAGUGGUGAGGUGCUGGAACAGGCUGCCUAGAGAAGUUGUGGACGCCCCAUCCCUGGAGGUGUUCAAGGCCAAGUGGAUGGGGCCCUGGGCAGCCUGGCCUAGUGCAAAAUGUGGAGGCUGGUGGCUCUGCCUGUGGCAGAGGGGUUGGAGAUUCAUGAUCCUUGAGGUCCCUUUCAACCUGGGCCAUUCUGUCAUUCCUAUGUGAACAGUCUACAGCAUGGGUGCCCAACCCUUCAGCUUGCCUGGGCUGCACUGAAUGAAAAGAAAUUGUCUUGGGCCAAUGUUUUGGUUGUUGCUAAAUAACGGGGUGCACUCAGGACCAGCAUGGACUGCUUGGUUGGAAAGAGUCUGCCAUGAUGGCACAGGGUGGGGAGUGAGGCUAAUUACUAGCUGACUUGGGCUUCAUGCAGCCUGUUAUAUAUCCUUUCCUUUCGUGAGCAAUAUCGGAACACAUCUCAAAUCUUCACUCCUCUACUAACAUAACACUGUAUUCAUUUGUAUUCAAGGAUAAGUAAUGAUACUGGCAAAUGGUUUGUAACAAUCAGCCUCUGCCAGCAGAGAGACAACAGACAGAAAGAGCACAAUAAUGCUAUUUGAUAGAGCAAAUUCUUAGUUCCAAAAUGCUGGGUUUUUUUUUUUGUACAGUAACCACCAUCAGCCAUAUAUUUUCACCAGCAAUGAACAAGAGCCUGCAUGCUGCCCUCAUAAAAAUCUGCACUGGUGGGAGAUCGACUGCUGCUGUCACCACUGCUGAAACACACCAUCCACAGCCUCACUGUGUUCACAUCUACUCUUUGGUUCCAAAAAUGUUCAGUAAGAGUUGAAGAAUGUCAAUGGGAGCAAUGUUUUUCGCAUGGUGGAAUUCAAUUACACACCUUUACUUCAUAUGCACUUCCAUGUCAGAUGCCGUUUUGUCAGAUGGCCCCUCUGCUACCACCUGUUGCUUGACAACAAAAUAUAAGAGAAUACUGGCAGUACACCUCCACUGCCAUACCACCAACAUCUGCCUCCAACAUAGUAAAAUAGGAAGUAUGACUUUCAGAGCUAUCCUCGUAAUUAGAAUAAAAUAAGGAAAGGAGAUCUAGGUGUAGUCUCAGUAACAAAACCUGCCCUUAUAGCGUUAUACAUAUUUUGAAGCAGAGGGAAGCAACAUGGAACAGUCUUUCUAACAGAAAGCUUAGCACUUAGCUUAAAUAACAAUUCAAUACAAGAGGUUAAAAAAGUACAUUGGAGAAGUAUAUUACACAGUGGCAGAAGCAGAAGACUUUGAAGGGAAGAACAGAGAUAAAAACAGAGUAUUAAGUAGCACCAUUGAAUUUUCAUAGGUCUAUGCCAGAUAUCCUCCAGCAAUCAUGACAGACUCUUGGUGAUAUCAUACUUUUUAGAUGGAUGUUGGUGGAUCAAACUCCAAGCAUAAUCACGCAACUUUCUCCUAUUCCUCGCUACUGCUGACACACACAAAAAAUAAUAGAACUGGGAUAAGCUUAUCUUCCAACACCUAAGGUUUCUCAAGAACUACCUUAUGAUUCCAAGUAAUUUCCAUAGAUGAAUGAACUAUUUCUGUUCUUUAAAUAAAUCUGCUUUCCUACCUGGA